GUCUAAACCUCAAGGUAACGGCUUCUUGAUAUGAUUAAACCUUUUGUGAAACUUUGAAUGAAAGGCAUUUUACUUUACUCAUAUGUAACGAAAUUACUCGCUUUAGAGCAUAGAAAAUACAUUGUGUGCAGUCUAACAGGAACAAAAAGCAUCUGCCAGGAUUUGUGCGGAAGAGAUCGUACUUAAAAGGGCAACAAAAUCAUGGCGGGUGGGACCCGCUGAGAUCAACAAGAGCGCUGGCCAUGUACCUGUACUGUUUCUGUGCCACAUUUGAUACUUUUCACAGUUGCAGGGUAGCUUUGCUUGAGGCCAUCUGCAUCCCCAGCUGCGGCGAUGUCAUCCCCUAGAGACGCUCUACGCCGUCAGAGGCGCAGGGAGCUGGAUGCGAGGAGGAGCAAGUCCCGGGUGCGCCUGGGGGCGUGCCUGCAGAGCUGGGGCCAGCUGAAAGAGAGGCUGGGGUUCGCGCUGCACUCUGAGCUCGCUCAGCACCUGCUGGAGAGCUACUUUUCCAAAGUCUGCAUAAAGUGCUCAGGCAGUGGGAGAGAGGCGAAGGGGGCAGAGUCCAUGAUGACAUCAGCAGAAUCCCUCCAGCACCUGGUGCUUCUGGUCCACCACCAUGGACAGCAAUGCUCCUUCCCACCCACCCUGCAGCCUGGCGCUGCUAAUGAGGGCCAAGCUGCUGGUGAAGAACAAGCUGGAGAGGAGGGAGAGAGGCAGACCAAGGGGAGAGAAGGAGGACCGAGCAAGGGUGAAACAGACUGCAGGUUAGAGGCUGGAGUUCAAGGCUGCAUCAGGCUAACAGAAGAGGCACUUGGCCGUCACUCCCAGCAGAAGGGAGAAGCAGCAGAUGGGGCAGAGGCAGAGAUGUGUCUGAGGUACAUCUGCGAAGGCGGCCAUCUUUUCUCCUGGUGCCCUUCCCAGAAGGGGAGAGUGGAAGUGAAAGAGAGAGUUGGAGGUGAGGACGGAAGUGGGAAGACGGAUACUGCCCCAGCUGCCGCUAACCCGUCCAGAGAUCGUGGGAGGAGAGGAGUGAAGGAGAUGAAGAGGGAGAGAGACAGAGAGGACACGUGCUCCUCUGUGGUGACCAGGAGACAUGGUGAAGCAGGGCCCGUGGCAGCCAGGGAGUGCGCUGGGCCGCCAGAGGAGGAUGGGGAGGGGGAGGGGGAGGAUGAAGAGGUGGUCAUUGAUUUGAGGACCACAGAGACUGGAGAGAACAAAACAACAGGGGAUGUGUGUAUACAGCAAGUAGCAUCAGAGACAGCAAGUGACCAGGCAGCAGCAGAGUCCUCCCGGCUGCAGGAAGAUGGGCAGCUAAAUGAUGAAGAAGAGAGGGAAGCAGAUGACCCAGACACUCUCAUAGACAAGAAUUACAGCCUUUCCCCCAAAAGUGACUCAACUGCAGUGCAGCAGAAGGCCACUAGGGGGAAACAGAGGAAAGCCCUUCAGUCCGGAAAAGUGAGAGGAAGAACAAGGGUAGCCAAGCGGGACCGCAGCAGAAGGACACCAAGGGGGCUGGCUGAUGAUGACAUUUCUCAGAUUGGUGGCAAAAGAAAAAGAAAAGCGACGCCACGGGAUAUUCUGCCCUGUGAGUUUGACGGCUGCGGGAAGAUUUUCUCAUCCCGCCAAUACCUCAAUCAUCACAUGAAGUACCAGCACGUCCAGCAGAAGACGUUCGCCUGCCCUCACCCCUCCUGCGGGAAGUCCUUCAACUUCAAGAAACAUCUGAAGGAGCAUGAGAAACUGCACAGCAAUCAGAGGGACUACAUCUGUGAGUUCUGUGCCCGAGCCUUCCGCACCAGCAGCAACCUGAUCAUCCACCGGCGGAUCCACACUGGAGAGAAACCGCUGCAGUGUGAGGUGUGCGGCUUUACAUGCCGCCAGAAGGCAUCUCUGAACUGGCAUAUGCGCAAGCACAAUGCAGAGAGCAGCUACCAGUUCCCCUGUGAGAUCUGUGGCCGGCGCUUCGAGAAGAGGGACAACGUUACGGCUCACCGCAGCAAGAGCCACCCUGCCCAAGCAGGCAGCAGCUCGUCUGCGGCUGACCAGGCUGUCCCCACUUCCUCUGUCACUGACCCGCCUGCCCCAGCCUCUGAUCAUGAUGUGCACAGUAGUGACCUCACUGGCCAGUCCACUGACACUAGUGACUUCUCCAUCGUAGUGAUUUGAAAGCCUUACGCAGUGGUGUUUUGUCCUGUGUCCUGAAGCGCUGUAACCCCUUGUGUGAAGCAGCUCUAGGGCAUCAGGGUCUCUGUAUCUACUGUAAACAGUGCCACAUGUCCUGGGUGACCCAAGCUUAAUGGUCAGUAGCUUUGACAAAUUCUGCCUUGACCCAUGCUGUGUCCCUGUCCUGUUCCAGAGACAUGCAAUUUUUAAAUUAUUUUUUUGCACUCUUCCCUCCUGGAAUUUUAUACCAGCAGGUUUAUCUGUAAAUUAUCUCUGAAUUUCAUGUCUAUUUGAAGCAGACAAUGUACACAACAAACAGUUUACUCUGAACCAUUGUAACACUAAUAGUUUGACCACAAUAAUAUUUAAUUUCUAAUGAGCUAAUGAAAACUGUAGAAUUGUGUUAAUUUGAUUGCAACAUAGCCUUUGUAAAUGAAAAUGAAAGGAAAAACCAAAAAGAAGUGGUUAAAGAAAGUGACUGCAUUUGCCAUUACACCCAUAACCUCAUAACAUGUGUCUGUGAGAGGAAUUAUGUGCCAGCGUUUAUAGCAACCUGUAGUAUGUCACACAGAGAAAGGUUAAUGAAUAAAAGGAUCAACUGCUGUUGAUGUUAAGAGGAAAAAUUAGUUUUCUUUUUGUAUGUACAGUUUUCCCCUCCAAAUUGGAUCUGUUGAA